AUGUCUGCAGCCAGCUCACUCAGCUUGGUAGACGCUACCAUCACGGACCUGAAAAAUGCACUUGGUUCAGGCAGCCUGGCAAGUGUAGAAUUGGUCACGCUCUACUUACACCGAAUUGCUCAAUUCGACAUGCAAGGCCCGUCUCUUAACUCAAUCUGCAUUCUGAACCCAAAUGCAAUCUAUGAAGCUCAAGCUUCCGACAAUUAUCGGGCCACCCCAGGCAAUACGCCUCGUUCUCUUGAAGGUAUCCCGUUUACCGUCAAGGACAGUUUCAAGGUUCGAGGCAUGACGGUCGCCGCAGGAUCACCCACCUUUGCCGACCUUGUGGCCCCAGACGAUGCAGCCAUCAUCGAGAAACUUCGGGAAGCCGGAGCUGUCAUAUUGGGCCGCACUAACAUGCCUCCCAUGGCAGACGGUGGUCCACAGCGUGGCCUCUAUGGCAGAGCCGAGAGCCCCUAUAGUGAUAUAUAUGGCACAACUGCCUACGCUUCGGGUUCAUCUAACGGCAGUGGAACUUCUACCACGGCUUCAAUGGCGGCAUUUGGGUUUGCUGGAGAGACAGUUUCAUCAGGUCGCUCUCCAGCCUCCAAUAACGCUUUAGUUGGUUACUCUCCAUCCCGGGGUAUCAUCCCCAAUAGAGGCCAAUGGCCACUGUAUCCAACAUGCGACGUCAUCGUACCACAUACACGAACCGUCAGCGACCUUUUUCACGUGCUCAACGUCAUUGUGUUUGAUGAUGAGAAGGCUCGAAGCGGAAUCGACUUUUAG